UCCGAUAAAACCGUGAUGUACUUACCCGUUUUAUUGUCUCCCCUCAAGCCUGUGCCGACAGCACUGGCUCAGGUGGAUAGAGAGAAGAUCUAUCAGUGGAUUAAUGAGCUGUCCAGCCCUGAGACCCGCGAGAAUGCCUUGCUGGAGCUGAGUAAGAAGCGUGAAUCAGUCCCUGACCUGGCCCCAAUGCUAUGGCACUCAUUUGGCACAAUCGCAGCUCUUCUGCAGGAAAUUGUAAAUAUUUAUCCAUCAAUCAACCCGCCAACCCUGACAGCCCAUCAAUCUAACCGAGUCUGCAAUGCUCUGGCACUCCUGCAGUGCGUUGCGUCGCAUCCGGAAACCAGGUCAGCCUUCCUUGCAGCUCACAUCCCUCUCUUCUUGUACCCCUUCUUGCACACAGUUAGCAAGACUCGUCCAUUUGAAUACCUGCGGCUUACCAGCCUUGGAGUGAUUGGGGCCCUGGUGAAGACGGAUGAGCAAGAAGUGAUAAACUUUUUGUUGACAACAGAAAUUAUCCCCCUCUGCUUGCGCAUCAUGGAGUCUGGCAGCGAACUUUCCAAGACGGUUGCUACGUUUAUUCUACAGAAGAUCCUCCUGGAUGAUACAGGAUUGGCGUAUAUCUGCCAGACUUAUGAGCGGUUUUCUCAUGUCGCCAUGAUAUUGGGUAAGAUGGUCCUUCAGCUCUCCAAGGAGCCGUCAGCAAGGCUGUUGAAACACGUGGUCCGCUGCUACCUUCGCCUUUCCGAUAACCCAAGAUGUAGGGCACGAGAGGCUCUCAGACAGUGCCUUCCUGACCAGCUGAAGGACACCACCUUCGCCCAGGUGCUGAAGGACGACACCACCACCAAGCGCUGGCUGGCACAGCUCGUCAAGAACCUGCAGGAGGGUCAGGUCACCGACCCCAGGGGCAUCCCCCUGCCCCCGCAAUGACACCCGCGGAGGGCGGGGCACCAGGGAGGAAACAGCUCAGGUUUACAGAGAACCAGGAACCGAUGACCUCUUCCAGAACCGCCUGGGUGCGCAGGCCAGCCUCCGGCCUGCCCGCCUCCCAGCCAGCAGGACCGUUCCCCCAGCCGCGGGGGGAUUGUGACACCAGCACAUACUGUUACUGCAGCUUAAAAGCCAAGCACCGCCUCUUCCCAGCUCGGCUGGCGUCUGCCUGGGGCCGUGCUGGACGUGGACUCUUCCCCGUAGCGCAGUCUCCGUGCCGGCGGCGCGUGGCCUCGCAUUCCUUGUCACUCUCACCGUUUACAAGUCUGUUAGACGAGCGAGCUCAAUAAAAGUUGACCCAGUUGUUUUAUCCCCUCCACAGAGCGCGAACCGGCUGCGUCUCGCCCGGGGGGCGGCUCUCUCCCUGUCUGACGGGAGGCAGCUUCUUUCUGGCUGCUACAGCUGCCUCCCGGGCUUUGGUUUCCGUUUGCCGAGGGCGAUGGCUGGAGCCAGGCCCAUCUGCACUCCGCUGGCUGGGGGAGCGAGGGAAGGCUUUGAUCCUGGGUUCUGGCCCGUCCCUGGGGGUGGAGGUGACAGCAGGGUAGCGUUCCUGGGCUGGAAAUUGUGCAUUGCAGCCGCUGUGACUGCUGUGCUCAAAGCCCCGUGAACUGGCUCUCCGGCGUCCCCUGGAUGAAGUACAGCGCCGCCUCCUAGUGUUGCCCUCUGCCGGCAGGACGGAGCUGGGUUCGGAAGCCCGCGCUGCUGGCCAGAGCCCGUUGGAGGAGGAGAUCCUGCCUCUGGGCGGCAGGGGACACGGCAGGAGCCAGUUCAGGCAGGUGCCAAGGGCUCCAGGGACGUCAGCUUUUCUGGGGCGCCAGGCCUCGAGGCUGCCUCCAUACACAAGGGCUCUGGCUCUCCUGUCUGUCCCCCAUCCGUCCCUUCUCCCCCGGCCCAGUGUUGGCAUCUGCCUCAGCCCACAGCAAUGAAGGCGCAUGCCUGCCUGCGUGGAGAGGGACAGGCUAGCUUUUCCAGCUGAACCGAGCGGGGAGGCAGGGUGGCUGUAACUUGUCCAGCAAGGCUAGAAGCCGGGGCCCCCUGGUGACAGCCAUGCCCUCGCCCUGCGGUGAAAGCUGGGCUUGGCUGUGCCACCGAGCAGCCAAAUCUUCCUAGGGGAGAAGCUUUGUCCCUUUUUGCUGAUCGUCGGCCAUGUUGUUGUGCCAACAGUGUCUUAACCUCCUCCAGGCCUCUCCUCCCCCAGCCCGCGGCCAGCCCCGCGGGACGGGGGCAGAGCGCCAGGCUCCCUCCCUUACCCCGGGCUCUGGUUUUAUAACGGAUAGUCUCAUUUUUGCCAUCCCCGCCUCGACGCGACUUAAAAAUGCUUCUGUUUUGUAACUUAAACUUAAUAAAAAAAAACCCCAAAGCA